CGUCGGACGCGCCUGCUCGAUCGACUUCCGGACUUCGACUUCGAGAAAAUCCGCCCCAUCCAUCCCUUCGCAUCACACCCCACUUCAUCAACACCAAAAUGUCCUGGUCAACAACAGCCCGCGGCGCCCUCAAGUCUGCCUUCGCCCUCGGCGGUCUGCGCAGCUACGCUUCGGGGCCCGCUGGAGCAGGCGCCGUGCCCCUUCCACCACCCCCUGGAGGAAGUGGAGGCAUUUCUUUUAAUACCAUCGUGAAAGUCUUGGCUGUUCCGACUGUGCUGACUGCUGGUGUCUACUAUUGGCAACAACAAAAUAAGGCGGAAGGACAAGCGCUGAUCAAGGCUAAGCUGGACAAGAAGGCUCGCGAAAACCCUGUAGCUGCGCUCGAUGGGAAGUCGUUCUUGCCGUUUGCGUUGAAGGAGGUCUCCGACGUCAACCACAACACCAAGCGCUUCCGCUUCGCCCUGCCGGAGGGAACCACUGAGUUGGGUCUCCCUACCGCCUCUUGCGUCUUGACCAAGUUUGUCGACGGCAAGAAGCCCGAUGGCAAGCCGAACGUUGUUGUGCGGCCAUACACCCCCGUUGAGGACCCCGCUGACGGAUAUACCGGUUACUUUGAUAUGAUUAUCAAGAAGUACCCCAACGGCCCCAUGUCGACCCACAUCUUCAACCUGAAGCCCGGAGACACCCUUGACAUCAAGGGUCCCAACCCGAAGUUCCCCUACAAAGCCAACGAGUUUGACCACAUCACAUUGCUCGCUGGUGGAACGGGAAUUACACCCAUGCUCCAGCUUAUACAACGCAUUACCCACAACCCUGAGGACAAGACCAAAAUGACUCUUGUGUUUGCCAACAUCGCUGAGGAGGACAUCCUACUGAAAGACUACCUCGACAACCUCCAAAAGCGCCACGGCGACCGCUUCACAGUCCGCUACUGCCUCGAAAAGCCCCCAAUGGGCUGGCGCGGCGACGUCGGCUACAUCAACGAAAAGAUCAUCACCCAAGUCGCUGCCCCACCCAAGCAGACCGCCACCAAGGAGAAGAUCUUUAUCUGCGGGCCUAACCAGAUGCUUGAGGCGUUGUCGGGCGGGAAGGCGCCUGACUACACGCAGGGAAAGAUUGGGGGUGUUUUGAAGAAGUUGGGAUAUGUUGAGGGUGAUGUGUAUAAGUUUUAGAUGAGCCUCUCUUAUGUACAUCCAUGCAUACAUAUGACACUUGUGGAGAUGAGACCGUUUCGUUUUGUUCAUACAGCAUUGAUCCAUCGGCACCUGUUGUCGCAAGUCUAGCUACGCGAGUGGAAGCAGACG